AUGAACCGUCCUAAAUCUCGAAGCAAACGCUCCAGGGUUUCACUUGUUCGGAGUGAGAGCUGUCGUAGUGAUGUGGAUUUAAGUGAUGACAACAGUUCACUGCAUAUUUCCGUCCGUAGUGGUAGCAAUUCUCCCGCGAACGAUGUGAAGCCACCCCUCACUGUUGAUGAGACUGGAACUUUAUCGGACACGAACACCGAUGUUCUGCCUACUGGUGAAAUAAAUAAGCUUCGAAUUCGAAAUGGAUUUAAGCUUGAUCAGUGUCAAUCCCCUCAUAAAGACAGGCAUGACGAGUCUAAAUCCAUUGCACCAGAAGUCUCCGUAAGCCUAGAGACAGAUAGCAAUGGUCCUGCUAACAACCAGUCGACCAACCUCAGCAAAACUACGAAACUGCACAAAAGCGCUUCCGCGUCUUCUGAUCUACCAGAAAGUUCUCUGGAAUUAUCAAGCUUGACAAAGAAUAGAACGCAAGACGUUAAUCUCCCCCCAUUUGAGGAAUCUAUCAUCGAGGGUUUUUCCAUUAUGGCCUUCAACACGGCGUCGGACUUGGAGGUCGGUUUUUCGAUUCUGGCUUCUCUUCUUACAUAA